CUGACGAGCUUGGAAAGGCGAAAGAAGACACGAUGUCCUGGGGAGCGACCGGCUUGCUCAACAUGCACUCGUCUAAAACAGUCGUGCCAAUAUAGCCGGAGCUAUGACUCCUGGGAAGGCAGUGCUGGCAGCGAUGGUGUAUUGGAAGAUCGACUGCACCAGCUCGAGGAGAAGAUGAAUCUAGUGCUGGAACAAUCGACGUCAAAUCGCCAUGUCGGAGCUGGACCACUGGACUCACACAGUAUCGGCCAAAGUGCCAGCGGAGAUGCUGCGUCAAGGUCUACACAUGGCGGUCACGAAGCAUCAACACGGAGGUUUGGAUCUCAUGAUGAGUUGAGCCUUCAGUCUGCAAAUAUGACCACCAACUUGACAACGUUCACAAUACCUCCCAAAGAUAUGAUCUCCAAGUGCAUCGCGCUUUAUUUCCAAUACUGUCAUAAGCAGCCUCUCUGGCUAUUUGACCCGGAGAUCUUUUCGAAUCUAUCUGAUAUACCUGAUGAGGUGAUAUUUGGAAUUUCAAGUUUAGCUUUGCGCUACUCACGCAGCCACAUUCCAGAUGGGCAGGUGGACCAACUGUGUCGACAAUACGCAGAGGCAGCUCACAGCCUAAUAUCGCUUCGAAUUGCUCGAGGAAGAGUGAACUUAUCCACAAUGCAAGCUCUAUGUCUGAUUGCACUUGCUGAGUAUAUUGCCAAUGAUACCCACCUAGCUUGGGUUCAUAUCGGUCUCGUCACAAAUCUCGCAAAAUGUGGAAAUAUUGAUAUUGAGUUGCAUGAGGGACAGUCGACACCUACCCUGGAAGCCCGCCGACGGCUAUUUUGGAGUAUCAACUUCCUCAAUCAGCAAUUCGGUCCCCGGAGUUUGUCGCUGAAUAUUCUACGAGACAUUCAAAAUCCCAAAUACACGGCCGUCAACAUUGACACCCCUCGGGAGAUGGGCGUAAUUCCCCCUCAGGUCCCCGUGGAAACUGGCUCGCUUUCAUCAAGAGGAGGGAUAUGGGUCUACAUGGUUCAAUUGGGAUCACUUUGGAGAGAGGUGCAGCACUACAUAUCACAUUGUGCCAGUGGGUAUUUCACGCCGCCAUGGUCUGUUGAGUCCGGGUAUUCUAUCAUCGGAGCUCACCUGAUGAAUCUUGAAACAAAUUUCCCGACCUCACAUCGAUAUGAUUCCGCGAGGUUUCAAGAGCAAUCAGUCGAGGAACUUCAUGGCGAUCGCUGGUAUUGGAGCCCAUGGCUGUACCUCCAAUUCACGUAUCAUGCGGUGCACAGUGUGAUCAACCAUCCCUUUCUGUACUCCUGGCGACCUCAACAAUCUGCUCAACUCGCAGUGCCCAACACGUUUUGGAAGACUUCGUCAGAGCUGGCGCUGAUACAUACGACCUGGACGGUUCGUCUGAUUGACAUGGUCACUGAAAAGGAUUAUCAGCUAUCAGAUCCAUCUAUUGGUCAUUUGGUAGCCAUUGCGAUUACCAUUCAUCUCUAUUACUGCCGCGCUGCAGAUCCCGUCCUGAGAGAGUCCGCUCAACGAAAGGUUGAAACCUGCACGAACUUCCUGGGUGACUUGGCCGCAAAAUGGCCCACGUGCGAUGUGAUAUAUCAAAAGGUUCAAACGCUCAUCCAGUCAGCCUUUGCAGUGAGCCCAAACUCUACCAACAGUCGGUCACCACGUAGAACAAUAUCAAUCGACACAGCGUUGAUGUGGGACAUUCUCCUCCAGAGCUCACCAGAGGCUCCGUCUGGUUCACCCGGGCGAGGUCUCUUUGAUCCUUCGUUCUUCGAUACUCCAAGAGACAAGCAGCACGAGAAAGUAACUGUUGAAACAGAAAUAUUCCAUAAUUCUACAAGAACAGUGGAUACCUCUGACGGUGGUCAAGCGUUGCCGCCGUACUCAAGUACAGUACGCGAUCGGCAGUCCUCGGACGUCUCGUAUCACGAAUCGUGGCGAGAGGGCAGCUCAAUUUCAGUGAGCAACGGCGCCGUUCAGGGUCCAUUACCACGGGAUUCUCUUGUAUGGUCGGCACCGGGGCUUCAGAGUGACGUUUCCUUCAUGGACAUUACUCGUGAUCCGUUCUAUCAGUUUCAAGACCAAGACCGGCCUUACAUGGGUGUCUGGGAAAUUGGAAAUUUAUAA